AUGGGGUACACGGCAAAGGCGACCAUCCCUCUCAUUCCUCUAGCAAAGGACUCAGUCCUUCUGCCCGGUAUCACUCUGCGCAUCUCAGUCUCCAACCGUGCCGAUAUACCCCUCCUUCUAUCUUCUGCCUUUCAACGCGCCACGAAAGCGAGGACGGGAACAGCACAGCUCCCGGUCGGCUGUGUCCCGCUGAACUCGCCCUUGCUGAGCCCCGAUGGCAAGCAACUGCUCGACAGUGCCGAGAAAGAGAGCAGUCGCCACAGCGAAGACUCAGACAUUGGUCCGGGAACUGCCAGAAAAGAGAACUUGUUCGGAUACGGGACUCUUGCAAAGAUAAUCGGCGUCCAAGGAAGCCCAAAUGCAGAUCCGUACCUCCUAGUGGAGGGGGUGCAAAGGUUCAAGAUUGAUCGCAUCAGGCAUGAAAAGCCACACUUUGAGGCGGAGGUGACCUUUUACGAGGACGAAGUUCCGGAUCUCAAUGACGGUGACCUGCGAGCAAGCUUCACCCAGCUAAAGCAACGAUCACGCGAACUCCUCACUUUGCUUCGUCUUUCCUCUCUCUUCCGACCGGCAUCCAUGGUCCUCUCUCCACUGAUUGUCCGUCGAUUUGAGUUGUUCAUUGCGAAGAAAGAUCUCUCUCAAGCCGGUCAGUUGGCUGAUUUUAUGACCGACAUUGUUGAGUCGAGUUUUGAGGAAAAGCUCCGGAUAUUAAGCACUCUGGACUUGCACGAAAGACUUGAACGUGUCCUGGCGUUGCUCAACAAACAAAUAGCCGGCAUUAGUGGGAACAUUAAAAUCACCUCGAUUACAUCCACAGCUCUCCCGUCGAAUCUGGGUGUGGACAUUUCGGAUCUGAACCAAAGCCAGCGAGAAGCGCUAGCACGGCGUGCCUUGUCUGGACUUACGCCGCCGGGAAUACCUGGCCGGAGUCGUGGAGACCCUGAUGAGGAAAAUGAGGUAAACGAAGUUGACGAGCUCAAAAAGAAGGUGGCCGAGGCUGGUCUAUCGCCUGAAGCGAAGAAUGUCGCGGAGCGUGAGUUGCGGCGCCUCAAGAAAAUGAACCCAGCCAACGCAGAAUACGGUGUGAUCCGCAGCUAUAUCGAGAACCUCGUGGAGAUUCCAUGGACUAAAGUGACGGAUGACCAACUAGGCGCGGAUACUCUAAAGCGAGCUCGCAAACAACUAGACGAUGACCACUACGGCCUGGAGAAGAUCAAGAAAAGGCUUCUGGAAUAUUUGGCGGUCUUGAAGCUCAAGCAAUCAGUCAAUGCUGAUAUAGAUCAACAAAUCACCCGGCUCACCAAGCAACUCACGCCUGUUCAAGAGGGUGCGGAAAAAGAAGUCGAGCAGAUUCCGGACAAUGAGAGGGACGCUGCCACCGCUAAAUUGCAUGUUCUCAAAUCAAGGCGGAUGAUUGACAAGUCCCCGAUUCUACUCCUCGUUGGACCACCUGGAGUAGGUAAGACCUCUCUCGCAAAGUCGAUUGCUUUGUCUCUGGGCCGCAAGUUCCACCGCAUCUCUCUCGGAGGUGUCCGGGAUGAAGCCGAGAUCAGGGGUCACCGGAGAACCUACGUUGCCGCCAUGCCAGGUCUGAUUGUCAGUGGCUUGAAGAAAGUAGGGGUGGCAAACCCCGUAUUUCUGCUGGAUGAGAUCGACAAAGUGAGCACAAACAACUUCCACGGCGAUCCGUCAGCCGCCAUGCUGGAGGUCCUCGAUCCCGAACAGAACCACAGCUUUAAUGAUCAUUAUGUCAAUAUUCCACUUGACCUCAGCAAGGUUCUCUUCAUAGCAACAGCAAACACUCUGGACACUAUCCCCCCGCCGCUUCUUGAUCGGAUGGAAACCAUCCAGCUCUCCGGCUACACGACGAUUGAGAAACGACAUAUUGCAAAGCAGCAUCUUAUUCCAAAACAGAUUCGCACCAAUGGGCUCUCAGAUGGCCAAGUCGUCAUUCCUGAUGAUGUUCUGGAUACCAUCAUCACUUCCUACACUCGUGAGUCAGGGGUGCGGAAUCUGGAACGUGAGAUUGGCUCCGUGUGUCGCUACAAAGCGGUCCAGUAUGCGGACGCUCGAGACGCAAAUGACUUGUCAAAGUACAACGCCACGGUCAGCGUGGAGGAACUCGAAGACAUUCUAGGCAUCGAACGGUUCGAAGAGGAGAUUGCUGAACAGACGUCGAGACCUGGCGUCGUCACCGGGCUCGUUGCAUACUCGUCCGGUGGACAAGGCAGCAUCCUCUUCAUCGAAGUCGCAGACAUGCCGGGCAAAGGUCGCGUGCAGCUCACUGGCAAGCUGGGCGAUGUGCUCAAGGAGUCCGUUGAAGUUGCCUUGACGUGGGUCAAGGCACACAGCUACGACCUGGGUCUGACCCAUGAUCCGCACGAAGAUAUCAUGGAGAAGCGAGCAAUCCAUGUGCACUGUCCUGCUGGGGCCGUGCCAAAGGACGGGCCUAGCGCUGGCCUCGCGCACACAAUUGCUUUAAUCUCCCUAUUUUCAGGGAAGCCAGUUCCGCCGCAGAUCGCCAUGACUGGCGAAGUCAGUCUCCGAGGACGAGUCAUGCCGGUCGGCGGCAUCAAGGAGAAACUGAUCGGCGCCCAUCGCGCGGGUGUCAAGACAGUGCUGCUCCCUGCGCACAAUCGGAAGGACGUUAAAGAUGUCCCUGAAGAGGUCAAGCAGGACUUGCAGAUCAUUUAUGUCAAGUAA